AUGCUCAUGCCCCGCUUACUCCAAGCUGCAAACACUACCACACGCUUCGUUCUUGUCAUCAUGGCGGAAGUAGUUGGCCUCGUCGCAUCUGCUCUCACCAUCGCAGGCGUUGCUGCAAGCGCAAUCCAGUUGUCACAAGCCUUGUUUUCGGUUGCACAUGCGCUCAAGAACGCACCGUAUGAGAUAGCCGAGAUUGCAGAGGAGAUACGUUGUCUGUCCAGCAGUCUAUUGACACUCGACGAGUUUAUUAUUGCUCAUCAAAGCCUCUUCAAACCUGCCUUGUUCGAGAACACCAAGUCCAUUCUUUCACGUUAUGUGCAGGUCGACAAGGAGUUGAGGAAACUUACUGAUGAUCCAAAGAAGCUAGCAAGGUUGGCAUGGUAUCUCAGGCGUCACAAGGCAAAAAGCCUCCUGAAAAAGGUAGAAGGUAUCAAGACAGCUUUGUCUUUGGAACUGAGCAUUGUGCGACUAGCACAAGAGGAAAUAAGUCGCCCGCGAGUGACCGACUCAGGGGAAAACCAGGCUCUACCAACGCCCAAUCGUUUCCGCAGACUUGUGGAAAGCGCUGUUCAGGCGAAUCGUCAAGUGAUUGAAAGCGCGCAAAAUAAUGAAACCAAGGGAAAGAGUUGGGAAGAGGAACGUGUUGGCAAAAUUUUAGGCAAGAAACUGGACUUGUGGAGUGAAGGUUCUUUCGACAUAGCAACUUGGUUAUAUCACCUUGUUUUCAGUCCUUGUGUUCCUUCCUGUACUUCGCGCUCCAAAGAAUCACCAUAUCAAGCAUCAGUCUCCGAAGAGAACGAUGAUAACACUAUCGAACUUCCACGUCCAGACUCUGAAUGGGAAACCGAAGAUGUUACAUCGGACAUGGGAAAUAUGGCAAUGAUCAUUUGGGGAAGACAGACAGAGCCUAGCCUGGUGGUUGACAGAUUGCUGUUCGAUUGGACAGUCUUGACAGCGGAACAAAUACUGCUGAGCUCCACACCACAUGAUGGAGACGGCUGGCUGGAAUCGUUCGACAAAGUGAUAGUCGAGGCGAAGGAACUGGAGGACGAAGAAGAUGGAGAGGCUGGAGAAGUUAUGACGCCUAAGGCCAGUCAUUGGAUGUCUGAGAUUAGAUACAAAGCCCUGAACAACUCGAAGAAGAAUUCCGAUGAUGGACAUUCUAGUCCUAGUGUACGCCAUACAGAUACGCUUUCCUCGAUGGGCGAAAGAUCCCAGCCAAGUUCCCUGACAAUCAAGUUCAAUCGACCUCUGGAGCGCUCAGAUACCAACGACUCACUUGACCAUAGGAGUAGCAUUGUAAGCGACAACAACAGCCGGUCCACACAUAGCCAGGAUGAUUUAAUUGUCGACGAAGUCGAAUCUCGCCCGUCGGCGCCGAUACGCCAGGUGCAUUUUAAGGAUAAAGAUCAUCCUGUGAGGGAUCCUCCGUUCGCAAAUAAGUCAAAGCGUGCCAAGCGAGUUGGCCAGAGAAGGGAAAUCUGGACGAAAUCUCAGAGCGAUAAUACUAGCUCCCAUGCAGCCUGGGACAACGAUUUCUUCGCUUAUGGCAGUCAAUUUGCCUCCGCUGAUAUCGGCCACAAUACGUUCGUACCGAAUUAUGAUCAUUUCAGUCAUCUUCCUCCCAGUUCAUAUAGCUCAUUUUCACCUCCGUCUCAGGGAGAUGGAGGAUUGGCCCCGAUGCCACAUCAAAGCUCUCCUCCCUUCACGUACUUACCAGCUGCAACGCCAGGCAGUUCUUGGGUGCCCAUGCCACCUAGUUCGAGUUCAGCCGAUGUAUCAUCGAACAUCCACUCACAGCCGCAGAUCGAUAAGUCCACCGCUAAGAGAGAAGAAGCCAUAAUAUCUGCAAUUGAGAAGCUCCUUGCAAAGCCAAUGGGUGAAAGUCGACCCGAUGCGGAGAAUUCUCGUUUAUUGGACCUGGAAAAACUGAUUAGGCAACAGGCCUCUCAGACAGCGAUUGAAGAGGCACAAACGAAGGCAGCCAUGGAAGUAGAGUUUAAGCACCUGCAGACCGCCCGUGAGAAUGAUUACGAAAAGAUCACAAAACUAGAAGAACUAAUCAAAGUACAACGUGACGAGCAGCGACUUCUCGAGAUGACCUGGAAAGCCGAACGGUCAGCCUUGAAUGAACGGUCACUUUUAAACGAAAUCGCAGCCAAACAGUUCGAAGCAGCUAAAGAGGUAGCAGAGAAAGAGGUAGCGGCAGCUUAUGCUAUCAAGAAAUCUGCAAAGAAAACGUUGGAGUUUGCUAAAGCUCAGGCUGAAAAAAGAGUCGAGGAGCAACGACAGGUUCAAGUUAAAAAGCAUCAGAAGAGAAUCGAAGAAGACCAGAGACGGCUUUUGAAUCGGAUGGAAGACCUCGUGCAAGCACGCAAUGGCACUGCUGAAUGCCACCAAGGAUUCAAAGGACCUUAUCCGGUGCGUCGCACUUGCAUUAGGGAUGGCGAUCGCAGCGUCGAAGUCGCUGAGUUCACCACUGAGAAUCUAGAGCCACUCGCUAACAGCUCGUUCGCUCCAUUCUCUUUUGGUCAAGAUGAAGCAUUCAUUCAGCAUUUUGUUGGCAACUCAAGGGAAAGUCCAUCUCAUGAAAGGCGUUUCGUGAGUUCGGGGACUCCCUUAUAUUCUAUAGACCCAUCUCCAAAUCGCUCGAGUGCUAUGGGUCCGUCGAAUAUUGGGCAGAGCGUGAUCGUCCUCCCGUCAAGAAUUGAUCGUACUUCAACGAAGACAUUGCAGUUGCAAGCUACUCUCGCUGAAACUGGAAUCCAAACUGUCUUUGAGGAGUUGGCAGACACCAGUCGUAGCGACGUGGUACCAUAUCAAAGGGGAUAUAAUAUGGCUACCCGCAGUACAAUAUUCUGGGAGGCCCCGAUGUUAGGCUUAAGAAGCGAGCUCCUGUCAACAAUGAAGCAGGCGGGAUGGAAACCGUUCUACGUUCGCGCUUCCGAGACGGGCCAGACAUUCUUUUAUGGGGAGCAGCCGAUCCACACAUAUAUUUUUGAACCCCAUCACAAGCCGCAGCUGAAAGUUCCCACAAAUGCUUCAUCAACCCACUCCGUUGUCAUUAAUACAGCUUUCAUCGAGCAUACUGCUCUGAUGGAGCUAGGCCAUCGAUCCAAAUCUGAUGACAGUGGCGUCUAUAUUCUUGACGGUCGUUUGACACACGGCGACAUCGAAGAUCUAAUUGAGCGAUCUUUCUCUAUACGAGAAACUCGUUAUCGAAAGGAGUACAGAAGGAUGGCCUGGCAACAAGAAGUUGAAGACGAUAGUGAUACCGCUACCGAGGGUGGCUUCACUGGGUCACUACAUUCGCCAAGUUCAGAUUACAGCGGGGACAGGAAGGCGGUCUAUUCUGAGCCCCAAUUCCAGCCCCAAACCUCAACUCAAACUUCACUCCCAGGUUCUCGGGCAGGCGAGGUCAGACCAUUCCAUCCGUCUACACUUGAAGAUGAUGAUGUUCCAUCCUUACGAUCAGGAAGAAGCCCGUCGUUAACCUCACCCUCCAUCGGCUCAUGGUCUUCCAAAUCCAGUGGUAACCCAUACCGCCAGUAUAUGUCAGCGACCAAAGUGAAUAAUUUAAAUGUGCGCAACCCGAUUGAUGAAUUCCAAAAAUCCUGGGAUGAUCUUCACAGAAGAGGUCAAGAUGCGAACAUGCUGGGCCAAUUACAAGUCACCCUAAAUGAUUUGAACAUCGUUGUUUAA